AUGUGGAAAAAAAAAAAAAAGAAGAAGAGAUGCAGCGAUGCGCAGAACGUUCAGGGCAACAAUUUUGAUCCUCUCGUCAAACAAUUGAUCAAGGAAUUGACGAAGGCUGCACCAGAAAAUCGAGGCUAUGCAGAAGGGCGGGCAACAUCAAGUAGUCUCUACGCCUAUGGUAUUGCCAAUUGCUGGAGAACUAUGGAUCAGAAAUUGUGUACUAAAUGCGUAGAUAAGGCAAGUGAAGAAAUCUUACUCUUCCUGUUGGUUGUUUGUUGCACGAUUCUGAAUUUGUUAACAAGCCUGGUUCAUCCACGAAUAGAGCUUUUUGAGGAAAAAACCCAUCCUCUGUUAAGGCCAUGA